AUGGCGACCCUCGACCACGACGACCUCGAGAAAAAAGCGCAGCCCCAGCUGGCCAUCACCCCAAUCGAUGAGCCCGCCAAACUCACCCAACCACCGCGCGGUCUCUUCGCCAAAUUUCGCUACUAUGAGGAGGUCCUCGACCGCAAGAUGGGCAUUGAGGCGCAUAGUCUGGAUCGCGUGCACCCAGAGAACCGUCAUUCGCCGAGUCCGCUAGUCAUGGCCUUCAUGUGGGCAUCAGCCACGAUGAACAUCAGCUGCUUCAGUACAGGUUUCCUUGGCCGCGAGUUUGGGUUGUCCUUGGGGCAGACAAUUCCCAUUGUGAUCUUUGCGACUCUUCUCGGUGCCGCGGUGACGGGCUGGUGCGCCACCAUGGGUCCAGGCACGGGUCUACGCCAAGUCGCCAUCUCUCGCUACUCGCUCGGCUUCUACCCUUCGUCGAUCAUUGCGCUGCUGAACGUCAUCGAGCAGCUGGGCUGGGCGUCCGUGAACUGUAUCACCGGUGGACUUGCGCUCAGCGCGGUUUCGGACGGACGAGUCUCCAUCGCAUGGGGUGUCGUCAUUGUCGCGUGUGUCAGCCUGCUGUUCAGCUUUGUCGGGCUGCGCGGUGUCUUGCUGUAUGAAAAGUAUGCUUGGAUUAUGUUUUUCAUUAUUUUCAUGAUCAUCUACGGUGAAGCAGCGCACCACGCCAAUCUCGCCGACCCGCCGACGGUCUCGGGCAUGACUCGCUCCGGCAACGUACUCAGCCUGAUUGGUGUCAUUUACGGAUCCAGCGCGUCGUGGAGCUCAAUUGUCUCGGAUUUCUAUGUGCACUACCCAGUCGACACACCCAAGAUCAAGGUGUUCCUAUAUACGACAUUCGGCAUUACGAUCCCCACAUGCAUUGGCAUGCUACUGGGUGCCUGUAUCAGCUCAGCGCUCAGUACAAACCCAGAGUGGGCGGCGGCGUAUGAUUCCGGUAUUGGCGAAAUCUUGAAGACAAUCAUCUAUCCUAGUGGAUUUGCGAAGUUCCUCCUCGUGUUGUUAGUUCUGUCUGGCAGUAUGUUCUUCCAACCUCCCGAAUCCAUCUCCACACUCAUUCUUCUCCCAAUUAACCAUCUUCUGACAGUCGGUGUGAACUGUAUUGCCAUCUACUCCGGGGCUCUAUCUGCGCAGCUCUUCGCGGCACCCUUCGCCAAAGUCCCACGUGUGAUCUGGUCCUUCCUCGUCUUCGCCGGCAUUCUGGCCAUCGGUAUUGCCGGUCGCGACCAUUUGCUCGACGUACUGGAAAAUUUCCUCUCCCUCCUGGGCUACUGGAAUACGUCCUUUUUCGCCAUCCUCUUCAUCGAACACUACUACUUCCGCAAGGGCAGCCUGGCCAACUAUGACCUCGACGCCUGGAAUACACCGUCCAAAAUGCCAAUCGGAUACGCCGGGCUGACAGCAUUCCUGUGCGGUGCCGCCGGCUGGAUCGUCGGAAUGGUGGAGACCUACUAUGUCGGCGCGCUGGCCAGGAAGAUCGGGGCCGACGGCGGCGACAUUGCUAAUGAGCUGGCUCUUGUCUUUACUGCCGUGUCGUACCUGCCCCUACGCAGCCUGGAGCUCAAGUACGUGGGCCGAUAG